AUGGUCCCCACAGUUGUCUGCGUCCUCGCAUUGUUUGCAAAGAUUAUCACUGGACAGUGUAUCGGUGCUGGUUAUUAUGGCAACAACGUAAUAAGUUCAGCAGCAGAAGCAGCAUAUGCCAAUAAUCUGGCACAAGCUGGUGUUAUUGUGCCAGAAAUUGGCACAGCAUUUAAUGGCGGGGGAUUUCAAGUAACAAGUUACUCACCUAUCGCCCCAACUGGUAUUACAGUUCGAGCUGAUAACUUGGUUAUUGAAGGGUCCUUAGCUGUUAGUGGUCAGAUGCCGUUCUUAGGAGUAGUGGCAGUGGAAGGACCCUUGCCAGCCGUGGGCCAAGGAUCAGUAGCAUAUGGAUGCGGAAAUGGCAAUGUUGGCAUUGUAAGUGAAGGUGUUGAGAAUAUCGUGCCAGAAUAUGCCAGUGGCCGCGGCCUGGCUGCUGCUUUAAAUGGUGUGGGUUGCGCCAACGGUGGUUACGGUCCUACUUAU